CUAAGUUUAUAGCAUGAAAAUGGCGAUGAAAUUGUCGAAGCUCUGAAAACACGAAUUAUUUUGUGUUCACCAGGAAGGUUGAGUCUACUGAACCAGCAAUAUGUUGAAGCCAGGAAGUGUGAAUGCAGUGUGCAAGCACUGGCUUGGCGGCAACUGCCUGCAAGGGGAUCGGUGUGUAUUUAUCCAUGGACCAAAAUCUGACAGACAGGUGAGCCCUACACCAUCAAGAAGAAAUCCAUCUCUACAGACUGGUUCAAACACUGGUUCUCUUAUGGGCACUCCAGCAGUUAUGCGUUAUGGACAAGGAUCUGUAGCUAUGCCCUAUCAAAUGUUACCUAUGGGAAACAUGGGAGGCCAAGGUCUUGUACAGCAAGUGCCCACCAGUUUGGCUGACCAAAGACUUUUGAGACUGCAGCUUUCUGCACAACAGAUGACAGGGCUACAACAGAUGCCAAAUGUCCAACAACAGAUGCCAAAUGUCCAACAACAGAUUCCGAAUGUCCAACAUCAGAUGCCAAGACUCCAGCAACAUAUACCAGGUACUCAUCAGAUGACAGGUCUUCAGCAACAGAUGACAGGUCUUCAGCAGCAGAUGCAAGGUCUUCAGCAGCAGAUGCCAGGUCUUCAGCAGCAGAUGCCAGGUCUUCAGCAGCAGAUGCCAGGUCUCCAGCAGCAGAUGCCAGGUCUUCAGCAGCAGAUGCCAGGUCUUCAGCAGCAGAUGCCAGGUCUCCAGCAGCAGAUGCCAGGUCUCCAGCAGCAGAUGCCAGGUCUCCAGCAGCAGAUGCCAGGUCUUCAGCAGCAGAUGAUGAUUAACCCUGUUGGAUUGAACAUCUAUGAUGAUCAGAUGAUGUCUGUGACUGGACGUCAAGGACGAGACCCUGAUAAUAGCAUGAGAAUUAGGGGCAUUAGGCCUAAGAAAAAGUCUAGGUUUCACGACAGCUCAGAAAUAUUACUUCCUACAGGUGAUGCUGUGCCAACAAAACCUGUUUCAUUGAUGGAUGUGAAUAUUCCCAUGACGUCAUCUAUGGUUGAAGCUCAAGACAACCUUGUAUUUCAGACAUCUCUCAGUCAGAUGGGAAGAAGAGAAAUUUCUUCACUACAAAUGAUGCCCAAAUCAUUGCUUCAUGAUCGGAGAGAUGGUAUAAUGGAUGAUGGCCCACGGAGGAAGAAGUCACGAUUCCAGAAUCCUUCAGAGUUUUCAAAUACGGGCAGAUCUAACCUGGAAUAUGGUAAUGAUGAAGGAGGAACAGGAGAUGAUGAUUAUGUGGAAGACUUUGUUGAUGAGAUAAUGUCAGGGAUUGGUCCGAGAAUAAUUCAAACUGAAGAUUCAAGGAAGAAUAAAGGGAUUUCAUUCAAGACUUUGUUUAAUCCAAUGCGGCAGAGUUUGGAGAAAAACCCCAAGUCAGGUAAACUGGGAGGUAGGACAAUGACAGGACAAUCUGAUGACAUGCGUACCAGAGAAGACUCAUGGGCAUACCAGAGAAACCAAACUGACGAUUACCGGAAGGGAGAGCGUUUAAGGAGGGAUGUAGACAGUUUCUCAUCACGGGAUCUCAGGAAGGAUAAUUUUAUUCAGGGACAAAGGCAAGAUCCAGAAGUCAGUCGGAGGGAGAACUAUUCUGGAUAUGGCACACGUGAACUUGGGUACGGACGUGACAAUCAACAAAAUGACAGAUUUGAUGACCAAGAAUACAGAGGAACUGCAGAUGAUGAAAGUUUCUCAGGAAGAGAUUAUCAGUCAAGAUACAAUGUUGAAAAUGCCAGGGGCACAUAUGGCCCAGAAUACACUGCUCAACAUACUACUGCAUUCAAAAACAAUAGGAGUGCUGUGAAAGAGUCUUGGCCAAGGCCACAGGGUAUUGGGAAUCCAAAGCCAAGUCCUGAUUUAGAACUUGGGGUCAAACCACCAAGAGAAGUCAGGUUAGGUAGACCAAUGCCAGAAUUUAUUGAAAAAUUUAUGAAAACUGCAGGUAGGUAUGCAGUAGGCGUGCAGCGAGUGACUACAACUUAUAACUUACCUAGCAACUGUGUGGGUCUACUGCCACCCAAAUUGAACGCAGAAACUUGGGAUAUCCUGACAAAGAAAGCUCAAAAUAAAGAUGAGAUCUUGCAAGACCUUCAGAGAUGGUUUGCUGGAGGAAUCAUUCCUCUGGUUAAACUUGCUGAUCUUUUUGGCAACAACUUGCAGAUUGUGGAGGAUGUGUGUCGUUAUGUAAGCGAUUCUUUGAAUGUGUUCACAUUUUUAUGUUUUCUCCUUUCGAUGAAAAGAAGGAUCCUGAUGAGAAGCUCACUUCAUAAGAGGUAUGGGAUCUUGUGCAGAAGACAUCAACCCAUUUCAGGCUACCUGUUUGGUGACAGGCUUUCACAGGACCUGGAGCGUAUCAAAGCAGGAACUUUUCACAUCCCUACAUCAGAGAAGGAUAUCAAGGACACAAAUAACAUUGAUCCAGAAGGUGCUGAUUUUAAACCAGCCUUCUUUGCAUCGCUUGCUCUCCCUGGUGAUGACGUUGACAUAAAUGUUUCCAACAUGAUCAACGUGGCAUGUUCCAGCGAUGGUAACCUUGCAGAUUUGAGGGAGAAAUACCAAAUUCCUUCAAACUGCAAUGUAUUGAUCCCACCAAAAGUGAAUCCUGAGAUUUGGAAUCUUGUUUCCCAAUCUGGUUUGGAUCUUGACUAUAGAAUUCAAGAUGUGCACAUGUCUAUUGCAGAGUCGAUGGUUCCUCUGCUGAUAAUGUUACAAUCAGUCCAGAAUACGACAUAUGAUGAGAGUAAUACUCUGACUCUCCUCACACACUCUCUGUCCCUUCUAGGAAACUCCAUGUAUCAGAUCAACAGGAUCCGAAUGGAGGCUAUCAAGAAAAGCCUGCCGUCGCAGGUCCACAGUUACUGCAGUUUCCACUGGACUGGUGCUGAGAUGGUCAUGGUGGAUGACAGUUAAUGUGGACUGUUCUUGUCAUCAAACUAUUCAUUUGCCGUUGCUUUUGAAUAUCAGUGGAUCAGUCAUUGACAGGGAGUUGUGUUGUCAUAAGGUGUAAGUUCUCUUGUCACCUUCAGUGACAUGACUGCAAAAUCCAGCAUUUUAGGUGACACUGUCUACUUGGAACUUUCUGUCUGGCAAUCAUCAACAUAAUUUUUGUUGUUAUCCAUCAGGAAGAUGAUGAUCCUGUUUAUAUCUCUCUGUAGGUCCCCAAAAACCUAUGCUGGUUGCCUCAGAAGCAAUUACAUGCAUCGGGUAGUCAUACUCAGUGACUUGGUUGAUAGCUUGUCUUCAUACCCCUGAUGACUUGGAUAAUUGUUCACAGUCACUAGAUUGUCUGAUCCAGACUCUAUUAUUUACAGGGCAUCAUAAACAGAUGGAAUAUUGGUAGGGAUGGUAAAGCAAUGCAUAAGCGACUUCUUGUGUGAUGAUAUGAAAAAUUGGGUAACUUGGUUGAUUACAGAUUUGUAAUAUGAUAAUAUAUGAACAUGGUGAAGGGUUAUGCUCAAAGCUGUAAGAACAUACGUUAUAUUCUUCUGGUAUCUGAAAAUGAAUGUUUGUGAUAUUUUGAAGAAGUGAACCAUGGUUGAUUCUGGGUGUAAAUAUCUUAAACAUUGUCACUUCCAAAUGAAAAGAAAACAUUGUUUUGUUUCAUGAUGGUUUUAAUAUCUUGUUGACAUUACCAAUGAGACUGCAGUUUUAGAGAACGGGUUUUACAGGACAGAAACAGACUUAACGUCAUGUGACAUGAUACUUCAUUACCGUUUGGCGAACAUGACAGAGGACAUCAAGCAUUUUGCUAUACUGUUGCAUGGUGCUCAAAUGACCUUCACUUAGCAAGAGGUGCUGUUUCUGAAGCCUUUCAAGGAUUUCUCAUUACACGCACACACAAUACAUGAGCAUGUUCGGGUUGUUGCCCCUGGGUUUGAAUCUAACUGGGGUAAGCCCAGUGCCAUGAGAGAAGUUUGACAUCACCUUGCCAUAUUUCUUCAAAGGGAAUUAUUUAAAUUUUUAUAAGAUCAGUAUGUGAUGUGGAAGUGCCAUCUUGGUUGAGAGUGAUGAUGAAACAAUGUGCCAUAGAGAUGUUGGAUCCCAUGGGAUAACCCAUUAUUACAACGCAAAGUGUAUGUUGUCUGUGACUAUGGUGGAUGUAUUUCUUCUCUGGUUUGGUAAUACUUAGUUUUGUGCUUUUUACUCAUCUAUUUGGGGUGCUCCACUGUAGACUAACUUCUAACAGAGUUUGUCAAUUGUAUAGAAAAUGAGGUUUGUUGUUAUUGCUUCUCAGGAAGGAACUGAAUGCACAAAUUUGUCCUGUGAGAAGAGUUGAUGUGUCAACCUCAGCUUUAACUAUUUUGACAACUGAGUUAUGUUUAAGAAAACAUUUUCCAAUUGUUACAAAACAUUGUAAUAAAUAUCAUCCCUUAAA